AUGGUGAACAUCACGGAGAAGAUCAAAGAGAUCGAAGAUGAGAUGCGCAGGACGCAGAAGAACAAGGCCACAGAGUACCAUCUUGGUCUGCUGAAAGGAAAACUCGCCCGGUUACGAGCUCAGCUCCUAGAACCCACCGGUGGCUCCGGCGGCGGCGGCACCGGCUUCGACGUGAGCAAGAGCGGCGAUGCACGAGUGGCCCUGGUCGGAUUCCCGUCCGUCGGUAAAUCGACCUUCCUGAGCAAGAUCACCAAGACGAAGAGCGAAGCGGCCGCGUACUCGUUCACGACGCUGACGGCCAUUCCCGGUGUGUUGGAAUACGGGGGCGCGGAGAUCCAGAUUCUCGAUCUUCCCGGUAUCAUUGAGGGCGCUGCCGAGGGCAAGGGACGAGGACGACAGGUUAUCUCUGCGGCGAAGACGAGUGAUUUGAUCUUGAUGGUGCUGGAUGCAACGAAGAAGGCUGAACAGCGGGCGUUGCUGGAGGCGGAACUGGAUGCUGUUGGUAUUCGGUUGAACAGGGACCCUCCCAACAUCUAUCUCAAACCGAAGAAGGCCGGCGGAAUGAAGAUUACGUUCCAGACACCGCCGAAGUACCUCGACGAGAGGAUGAUCGGGAAUGUGCUGAAAGACUACAAAAUGCUGAACUGCGAAGUAUUGGUGCGGGAUGAGAAUGCAACCAUCGAUGACUUUAUCGACGUGAUCAUGAAAGACCACAGAAAAUACAUCAGAUGUCUCUAUGUCUACAACAAGAUUGACAGCGUCAGUCUCGAUUUCCUCGACCAACUCGCGCGCGAACCGUACACGGCGGUGAUGAGUUGUGAGCUUGAUCUGGGCGUGCAAGAGGUUGUUGAUCGGAUCUGGAAAGAACUGCGACUGAUCCGCAUAUAUACCAAGCGGAAAGGAGAAGACCCGGAUUUCAGUGAGGCGCUGAUCGUGCGCAGUAACUCCACCAUCGAGGAUGUCUGCGACCAGGUCCAUCGGACACUGAAGGAGACGUUCAAGUAUGCGUUGGUCUGGGGCGCAAGUGCACGACAUAUACCGCAGCGAGUUGGACUGGGACAUGUGGUUGCGGAUGAAGAUGUGGUGUCCAUAGUUGCGAAAUAG